CUCUAUAUACAAUUAUUCAAUAAUGUUGUCUUCCAUUGCCAAGAGAUCCUUCUCCUCCUCCUCUGCCUCCGCUUACAAGGUCGCCGUUUUAGGUGCCAACGGUGGUAUCGGUCAACCAUUGUCCCUUUUGUUGAAGUUGAACCACAAGGUUACCGACUUGGCUCUUUAUGACUUGAGAGGUGCCCCAGGUGUUGCCGCUGACGUUUCCCACGUCCCAACCAACUCCACUGUCAAGGGUUACGAACCAGAAGGUCUUCAAGACGCUCUUACUGGUUCCGACGUUGUUGUUAUCCCAGCCGGUGUCCCAAGAAAGCCAGGUAUGACCAGAGACGAUUUGUUCAACACCAACGCCUCCAUUGUCAGAGACCUUGCCAAGGCCGUUGCUGACUACGCUCCAAAGGCUGCCGUCUGUAUCAUUUCCAACCCAGUCAACUCCACCGUCCCAAUUGUCGCUGAAGUUUUCAAGUCAAAGGGUACUUACGACCCAAAGAAGUUGUUCGGUGUCACCACCUUGGACGUCUUGAGAGCCUCCAGAUUCGUUUCUGAAGUUGCCGGUACCAACCCAACCAACGAAAGAGUCACUGUUGUCGGUGGUCACUCCGGUAUCACCAUUGUCCCAUUGUUGUCUCAAACCAACCACAAGAACUUGGACGAAGAAACCAGAGACAAGUUGAUCCACAGAAUUCAAUUCGGUGGUGAUGAAGUUGUCCAAGCCAAGAACGGUGCUGGUUCCGCCACCUUGUCCAUGGCUCAAGCUGGUGCCAGAUUUGCUGGUUCUGUCUUGAACGGUUUGGCCGGUGAAUCCGAUAUCACCGAACCAACCUUUGUUGACUCUCCAUUGUUCAAGGACGAAGGUGUCGACUUCUUCUCCUCCAAGGUUACCUUGGGUGUUGAAGGUGUCAAGACCGUCCACGCUUUGGGUGAAUUGUCUUCUCACGAAGAAGCCUUGGUUCAAGAAGCUAAGGACACCUUGAUCAAGAACAUCCAAAAGGGUGUUGAAUUCGUCAAGCAAAACCCAUAGAUAUAUUUAUAUAUAGUUUAAGAGAUAGGAAUGAAUGAUUUCAAUGAAA